AUGCGAUACAUCCGCUUCCUCAAAAGUCCCCGGGUUGUCACUGACAAAACCACGGCGAGAAAGCAAGUCAGCUGCCUCAUUACCAUCACAUCGGAUCUUGGAGAUUCUUUUCUUCCUUACGACAUCCGGCUAGCGGCAGAGCUGUUGGCGACUGCAGAUUCGCAAGAAAAUGUGCUACUAUGGUCCACAGUGCAGUGGACGGCCGGCAUGCGGAGUCUGCUCAUCACAUUUCCCCUCCCCAAGUCUCGGGCAUCCCAGUCCCAUUUGCGAGUAAGAGUGGGCGGGGAGCCGAAACGAAUACACGAUGAGCUUGCAACCAUAUCCGACUCUGACGCUCGAGGUGUCGUCUCUGCCUGGAGUCCGCCAUUCACGUCUGAUGUAGAUGCUCCAAAGUUGGUGGAAAGGCGGUUCAAGCUCCUAGAUGGACCAAUUACUACUAUCUGGGAGGAGACAGGAGAGAGCAUCGCAAGACAUCUAUGGGACGCUGGUAUCACGCUCUCGUGUCAAAUAACAGCACUGACAACCCCAAGCUCCGAUUUAGCUAAAGCAUUGCUACCGUCUGUAUCCAAACCACGCCUGAAUGUCCUCGAAUUGGGUACUGGCUGCGGAAUGGUUGGUAUCGCAAUCGCUCAAACCAUCUCGAACUCCAAAGUCCUCCUAACCGACCUUCAAGAGGCCAGAGAGAUUGUAGAGCGUAAUAUGCACUAUGCUAUCGAAGCACCAGGCGCGUCACUAGAUUUCAUGGAGCUGGACUGGGAUGCAGAUCUGCCUGAUAUUUUGCAGUCUACCUCAAAACAGCUUGAUCUUGUAGUCGCGGCUGAUUGCACAUACAAUCCAGAUAGCAGCCCAGCAUUGGUGAAUACUCUGACACGACUGGUCAAAGCAAGCCCAGAAAUCGUUGUUGCUAUCGCGAUGAAGAUGCGUCAUUCGAGCGAGGAAGUCUUCUUCGAACUCAUGGAAGAUGCAGGAUUCAUAAAGAAAACCCAAAUCGAAUUUCCGUUACCGGGAGAUAUAGAAAUCGGUGAAGAGAUUGUCUACCUCCAUGUUUACAAGGCUGCCACGACGUAG